CCAGUUGUGAAUCGGUCUGCGAAAGGGGCACCGACUUUCUUUCCUCCGCCGCGAUUCCUCUGUUCUUUUUUUUUCUUUCUUUCUUUUCUUUCAAUCGCGCUUCCUCGCCCCUUUCUCGCGCGAUUUAAUCGUCGUGUGUCGCUGUGAGUUGAAACUUGUGACGUGAUCGAUCAAUUCGGUUCAUAUCGAAAUUCUUCUCGAUCAAGUAUCCCGCCCUCGUAAAAGUUUAGUCAGUUGGAUAUCUGUUUCUGGGAGAAAGGCGCCGUUCGGACGAGUCAUUGUGGAAAAAAGAAAACUCUUGUGAGAGCUUUUCCAAUUAAUCCGCCAUUUUAAUCGACAACAAUCGCACGGAGCGUUAUUAACCAAUUUUUUCUUCUUUUUCGUCGCGCAAAGCUCCCACGUGCGAUCGAUCCAACAUCGCCCGCCGACACGUCCGCCUGUCCUUUGUGAAACACGGAUUACGAAACGGUUGUUUCGAGUUAUUCGAGUCUCGUUCAAGAAAUCACGUAGAAGGGAGGGAGUGCGUAGAAGGGAGGAGGCUUGUGCUUCCCAUGCAGCCGGCGCGCGCGUAAUUGCGGAUUCCUUGGUGGAAAUUAGCUUUGCCGGCUACAAUUAUAAUAUUCCCAUCGACCCGUAUAUGGAAACCCGUGAGAAACGAUUCGCGUCACGAGGAGGAGGAGGGGGAGUUGCUUCGAUCCACGCGUGUGCAAAGAUCGAGGGACGAGGGACGAGGAAGCGUAAAAUCGCGCCGUGAACGCCGAUGUCGUGGAAUUGUUCGGCGCGUGACGAAAAACUUUUGGUUGCGGCAACGGGGAGGGGGGAGGGGGGCUCGGAUGACGAUUCGAAGGCAGCCGCGCCACGCCUUCGUCGAUACAUUUCGCCAACGUGGAUCACGUAACGCGUUCCUACAGAAGACGGACGAGAGAAAACGAAGUCGUUCCACGUCGCGCUCGCGACGGGAUAAAGGCGAACCCGCGUAUUUGCAUUCCGGCCUGCAACGAACCGGUGCACCUGCCCCUCUGUCGUAAACGGAACGGAGAAAUGGAAAGUCGAUGUUGGUCGAUGAUGGAUGGAAUCCGUCUGCGACUAUUCCGCUGCGAGAAAAUUCGAAAAUUCGGCUGAAAACUAAAUUCGUGUGCGAGGGAACAUCGUUAAUCGCAAGAAUUUCCAUCGUAUAGGAUUUGUUUUCGGCCUUAGACCGUCCCUGGAAUCGAUCCGAGAAAAUAUCGGCAGAAGAAAUGAUGGAGAUCUUACGAUAAUUACGCUGAGAGAAAAUUUGUGUACAAAGAAACGUUGUGUCGCGAGAAUUUCCAUCGUAUAGGAUUUAUUUUCGGCCUUAGUCGUCCCUGGAAUCGAUCCGAGAAAAUAUCGACAGAGGAAAUGAUGGAGAUCUUAUGAUAAUUACGCUAGCAGAAAAUUCGUGUGCGAGAAAACAUCGUGUCGCGAAAAUUUCCAUCGUAUAGUUGUAAGGAUUUAUUAACGUAUUUUCGAUCGCUUUGGUCGUCCCUGGAAUCGAUCCGCGAAAAGUAUCUCGAAAAAAUAUCGGCAGAGGAAACGAUGGAGAUCUUACGAUAAUUUCACUGGGAGAAAAUUCGUGUGCGAAGAAACAUCGUGUCGCGAGAAUUUCCAUCGUAUAGGAUUUAUUUUCGGCCUUAGUCGUCCCUGGAAUCGAUCCGCGAAAAUAUCGGCAGAAGAAAUGAUGGAAAUCUUACGAUAAUUACGCUAGCAGAAAAUUCAUGUGCGAGGAAACAUCAUGUUGGGAGAAUUCAUCGUAUAGGAAGUUGUAAGAAUUUAUUAACGUAUUUUCGGUCGCCUUGGAAUCGAUCCGCGAAAAUAUCAGCAGAGAAAAUGAUGGAGAUCUUACGAUAAUUCCUGAGAGAAAAUUCGUGUGCGAGGAAACGUCGUGUCGCGAAAAUUUCCAUCGUAUAGAAUUUAUUUUCGCCCUUAGUCGUCCCUGGAUCCGUAAAAAGUAUCUCGCGAAAAUAUCGACAGAGGAUAUGAUGGAGAUCUUACGAUAAUUCCGCUGGGAGAAAAUUCGUGUGCGAGGGAACGUGGUAUCGUGACGUUAAUCGUGAGAAUUUCCAUCGUAUAGGAGGGUUAUAACGUAACGAUUUAUUAACGUAUUUUCGUCUCAGUCGUCGGCUGGAAUCGAUCCUCGAGAAGUCGAUCUCGCAAAAAUAUCGACAGAAUCGAAGAAUUGUUGAUUGGAAAAGGAAUCGCGAAAUUAGAAAUAAUUUUGAAAGAAGAUAUAAUUCGUUCUUCUCGAAACGAACGAGAAGAUCUGUAAAUUUCUGAGCGAAUCUCGUCUCCGUUUACACGAAUUAAUUAGCUCUCGUUUCAAUACUGGCUCGAAAGUUGCCAAGGUUAAGCAUACGUAUGGACGACGAGAUAAUCGGAUAAUUAAGAUCUUCCGCGUUAAUGCUCCACGCCGAAUGAUCCAGAUUCAGCGACGAGAUCAUUCGGAUGGUAUCUGGUGUCGGUGGCGUGGCGUCGGUGGUCUCGACGAUAAAGGUUCGUUCGCUUCGAUUUCUUUGGCGCGGCUAUGUAUCAAAAGCCGCGUUACGCAAAUGAGAGAGAAAGAAAUUUCUCACGAUAGUGACAGCUGCGCGGUCUCGAGGAACGAAAGUAUUUCUCGUGAUCUUUGUAUCGUGUUCACGCGGUCUCGAGGUUGGAAAAAAAAAAAAAAAGUGACGCCGAGAUUGAAUUAUAAACCACAUGUGGCGUUCGAAACUGCUCGACCGGAGAACGAAAGAAUAUUAGUAGUCUGUGACAUUAGAUGUGGAUGAAAGUGUAAUAAACUCUUCCUCCCAGUCGUGGUCUAUGGCUGUUAUUUUCGAUUUUUCACAGCGUCAGGAGAUACACGGACGAUUGUAUCGUCGCACUCUUGUCUCGCGUCUCUCGUUACCGAUAGUAAUGAGACACUGCGCGUUUUAGUGGCGGCUGGCCAUUUUGCGCGAGCCGAUACGUCGAUCCGUUUCCGGCGAAAGAAUGACACGCGAGACGACACAGAGGCGUCACAUUCGUCCGAUCGACGCCAAAGUCUGGCCAGCUCGUUUAGCAACCCAUCCUUUUGAAAAGGCUAAUUGAACGUUCGCCUUGGUAUCUCGACACUUUCACUGCUUGUCCAACCUUCCACGAUUCCAAAAAUUGAGAUGACCGUUUCGGGGAUCUGGCAGUUGAUAUCCUUCCUCGUUGUAUCUUCCUCCGUCGUGCUUUCGGCGGACAACGUAUGCCCGAGAAUGGAAAACUACACGAUCACCUCGAUGGAAACGUACACGGAGCCGGUUAUCGUGAUCACGUUCACCUGGUGCCUGCAGAUUCCACCCAGGUGUCCCAAGACACGAACGGAGAUGAGGCCACGGUAUCGAGUGAAGACGGAGUUGAAGACCAGGAUUGUAAACGAGUGUUGCGAAGGCUAUAAAAUGAUGUCAUCCAAUGAUGAAGAGAGUAAUAUCGAGUGCAUGCCUUUUUGCGAAGAAUGUCUAUCAGGGAUCUGCGUGUCGCCAAGUCAAUGCCUCUGCUCUCCCGGUUAUCACGGUGAUAACUGUGAAUCUGUAUGUCCACGAGGCACAUGGGGCAUCCAGUGCAAGGAGAAAUGCAAUUGCACCGAGGACGUACCUUGCAAUCCCGUAAGUGGACACUGCAUCUGUCCGCCGGGAUUGCGUGGACAAAUGUGCAACGAGUCGUCGUGUCCUGGCGAUCGUUGGGGGCCCGGAUGCUCGUUCCCGUGCGAGUGCAAGGAUUCGAGGAACGGUUGUCAUCCGGAAACGGGUCGAUGCAACGAGAUUUUCACGAGUCGAGACGGGGACGAGGAGAACAGCGUGAAUUUCACGAAUCUCCAUGCGGGCACAGACGCGUCGCGGAUAUGGGAUACGACGACGGAAGAUGAUCGCGAGAUAGCUGCCACGACGGAUGAUCCUGGUAAAGAGAAGCCUGAAAGUGCGAGCACGGAUCAGAGGAAAAUUGGGAACUCGAGCACCGUGAAGCCUGUCAUCGUUUGGGUUUCCAUUCCGGAGAGGAGAAGGAACUUGGACAAAGGCCGGGGAGAAUUCGCCGUUAAGAAUCCGUUCGUGAGGCGUAUGGACGACAACUUGCAAGACAUAGGUUCAUCCGAAAACGAUUAUGUCAAGAAUAUUCACAAAGACGUUCAAUCGGCUCCAAUUCCCCUGGACAUCGCCCUGAUUGUGGUAGCCUCGAUCGUAUCGUUGGGUCUGACCUCGGUCGCGGUGGUCAUGGUUCUCCACAUGCGUUCCAAGCUUCUGGAAGCAGCUAGGAUGUCGUCUAUUUACGAGGAAGCGAAGGCAAAGAGCCAAGAGAAUCCGAACGCGGCUAAGAUCUCGUCGAUGGUAACCGGUGGUAGUACUCUUCCCCAGACUCCAAUUCGUUUGGUACCUCUGUUUGCCUCCACUCCAGAGACCAGAACGUUGCCAAUAGAUAACGAUCCUUCGUGCAAUUAUGCCAAUGGAGCAGCCACGAUCGGUCUCAGAUUAUCUGGCAAUUUGCAUGGUGAGCGCACGUGUUUCUUUCAGGAGGAUCAUUACGACCGGCCGCCAGCAACGAGGAUACACAUGCAAAGCGAAUUCGACGCUAAUACCGAGCACGUCUACGACGAAAUUCCCUUGCAAUCGAGCCCUUCCAGCUCCCGUAGAAACGUAUGAUCGAAUCAAGCAAGAAACGAGCUAGACUCCGUACGAAAGAAGACUUCUAGCUAAUGAUCAUUUGUUUCAAUCGACAAGUUUUUGAUAUACGUGUCGAGGGAUUAAAAAAGACUUGGCGAGUUUCGAGAUUAUAAUCGUUUCAAUUACAGAAAGAUUUAAUUAAAUUGUGACUGUUCCGAUUAAAAUUGGAAAACACUGGGUUUAUCAACUCACGGUCGUUGAUUAACAAAAAAAAAAAAAAAAAAGAAAUGACCAAGAACUCGAUUAACGAAGAUCUGUGAAAUAAUCUUCCGUCUCUCUCUCU